AUGUUGUUAGAUACUGAUGUGCUGGUUAUUGGAGGGGGAAUGUCCGGCAUCGGCUUCGCUGUGCAGCUAAUUCGAACAUACGGUAGCCGAAACUUUCAGAUAAUCGAAAAGACCACCAACAUUGGAGGAACUUGGAAUGUAAACACUUAUCCUGGGUGUGGCUGCGAUGUGCCAUCCCAUUUUUACUCGUACUCAUUCGCUUUGAACCCGAACUGGUCUAAGGUUUUCGCUAUGCAACCAGAAAUCCAAGCGUACUUCGAAGGUGUCGCUAGCAAGUACAACUUGGCACAGCAUGCUAGAUUUCAAACGUUGGUUGAAUCUGCGUUUUGGGAAGAGCAAACGGCGACUUGGCUUGUGAAAAUCCGAGAGUUACCCACAGGGAAAACUUCGCAACUCCGUUGCAAGAUCCUGGUCUCCGCCGUUGGAGCGUUGUCGACUCCAAAGAAAUGCGAUAUUCCCGGCGCAUCCAAGUUCCAAGGCCGCCUUUUCCACUCUGCAGAAUGGGACCAUUCCUUUGACUGGCAAGACAAGGUUGUUGUUACCAUAGGAAAUGGUUGCAGCGCCACACAAUUCGUUCCCGUCCUCAGCGAAGGCAAGGGUGCUGUCCGGAAAUUGACACAAUUCAGCCGUCAAGCACAUUGGCUUGCCGAAAGGCCCAACCCUGAAUACUCGAGUCUAUUCAAGUGGUGCCUACGAUGGAUUCCUGGCCUGAUGCGAGCGUAUCGUGCAAUGUUAUACUGGACCAGAGAGCGCGAUUUUGGAGGCUUCAACGUCAAGUCGGGCGCAAAGACUCGAGCCGCGUGGGCAAAAGAUGCUGCUGAAUACAUCAAGAAGAAUUCACCCGCCAAAUAUCGAGACUUCUUGGUGCCCAACAGCGAAAUCGGAUGCAAGCGCCGUGUCAACGAUACCGGCUACCUCGCCUGUUUACAUCAGGACAACGUUGAGCUGGUCUACUCGGAUCCCAUCAGUGAAAUCGUCGAAGACGGAGUCCGCACAAAAUCUGGCCGUUUGGUCAACGCUGACGCUAUUGUGCUGGCAACCGGCUUUGAUACUCAGAAGGCCCUGUUUCCGAUGGAUAUACGAGGUGAAAAUGGCAUCCACUUGAAUGACCAUUGGGACGACGUAAGCGAAGGCUCGUCUUCCGCCUACUUUGGCACCUGCCUCUCCGGAUUCCCCAACUUCUUCGUCAUGAUGGGUCCCAACACGCUGAGUGGGCAUCUGUCGGUUAUCUACACGACCGAAUGCCAGAUCAACUUUACCAUCUGCGUCAUCAAGCCCAUCUUGCAAGCACUGGAAAAGUCGCGUCGCGGCUCGUGGUUUUCGACUCCCAAGACCCUGAAGGACACGGUCGUGGUCCGUCCUGAAGCAGAAAAGAAGGACAUUGAAUGGAUCCAGAAGAAAGCCAAGCAGCUUGUCUGGUCCACCGGUUGUACCUCUUGGUUCAUUGAUCCCAAGACGAACCGAAACACCAUCAUGUAUCCCGAUUGGCAGUACAAAUUCUGGCUGCGAAGCUUCUGGAUUGAGUGGGCUGACUUCACCUAUGCUUCUUCGGGAGCGCUGGGAGCAGAUAAGUGA